AUGACAGAAAUUAGCCGCCUCGAAACUUUUCACAAACACAACCCAACCCCGCUACAUCUAGAGCAGCUCACAGCAGCCCUGGCUCUACUCGAGAGCUUAUCCCUGACAGCCACAACUAAAGCACUGGCUUGCACCAAACAGAAAUAUUAUGAGAAAGGCAAGAAAGCGGUCUCUAUGCUGGCCAAAUGGCUUAAAUCACUUACCGACACAAAACAAAUCUCCAAUAUCCGUACCCCAGAUGGCACAACGAGUGACAUACCACAUAAGAUAGGUGAAACCUUUCAACAGUACUUUGCGACCCUAUACAACCACACUCCUAACCCCCCCUCCGAACACAUUCGCACCCUGACAGAGGACUUUCCCUGA